AAGAGUGUGUCAUUUGCGGAGCAGCAGUUGGCGAGGAAGCACCAGACGGAGAGCACUUCCAGGACCAACUCCAAUCAAAUGCAGUGCAGUGCGGGCUGACCAACUGCUGCUAUCUGGAUGCAAUGAAGCCGAAGAAAUCGGCCUUUGCCAAUUCAUCUACGGGAUACGGCAGAAACAAGCACGGAAAAGGACACUCUGGCAAGGAUAAAGUCGAGGGUGGUGGUAAGGGCAAGAGCCGAGAGGAGAAGGAUAAGCAUAAGCAUGAGCAGAAGGUGGACGAGAAGGACGACAAGGAUUUAAAUUCCGGCUUCGGCGAUUAUCUUCGCACUCCGGAGGCAUUUGAAAUGAUGAAACUCUUUGUCUUUGCCAAUACCAUAAUGCUAAUUGUCACCAUGGCCUGGCCGCACAUCAAGGAGCAAUUCUACAUGGUUAAUCAGUGGCUUGAAAGCUUUCGCGAGGAGCAUCAGCAGUAGAAACCAAAGGAUCUAUCGAACAAAUAAGUGAAUCAAGUGGAAGGAUACAAAAAUGGUCGGUCCUUUCAUGCAGGGCCUCUUCUUGAUUGGCAUCAUCUACUGGUAUUCCAAGGGGAUGAUGUCCAUGAUCAACGACUACUACAGAAGUGAGUUCCAGCGGAAGUUGCAGGCGGAACCAGCGAAGACGAAGGCGGAGGCACCCAUCAAUGUGGACAACUUUAUGGAUUAUGUUAGGGAGUUGGACACUCCGGACGAGGUGGCUAGAAGCCCGGCGGAAGGAACUGAAUCUCCGCCUAUAGGAUACACCUAUUGCAACAUACUUUUACGAUUCUUGGAGAUUACCGGCACUCUGCCACCUUUUGAUGUUUGCCUAGUUACGAGCAACAUAAGAUAGCCCAUCCUAUAAUUAAUUAUAAAGUAUCAAUUAUACUUAGUGUAUUUUGUAUGAGUUUCGUAGAAUAAAGUAUGGUACUAAAAACCAUAUUGCAUA